ACGCAAUGCAUAUCUCUUACGAUAAGAAUAUCUAUGGACAAAACAGGAUCUGAGUGAUUGAUGCCCGAUCGAAAAGAAGCUUAAAAGGUCUUAAAAAGUCAAGACGUCUAUCACUGAAAUUCGGCUUCAUGCCCCCAGAUCCCAUGCUGAGUAGGAAGCAGAUUUGCUUCCUCCCAUCUCCUCUCUCUUUGCUUCCUUUUUGGCCAUCUGAGAUAGCUUUAUCCAUCCAUCCUUUAGCAAAAAAGAAACCAAUAGCCACCAAUACUUGCCAUCAUAUAUAUCUGUGCAAUGGCCGGCCAACCAAACCCAGUUCUCUACAUUGAACACUUCAGCUUUGAGUAGACAUGGCCUCUCGGUUUCUUGUUACCACAGGCUUUGAGGACGAGUGCAGAGCGAUCCAUGAUGCGUGCAGCCAGCCACGCCGUUUGAGUCUUCUCCUUGCUCACCGGAGCCCAUCGGAGAGGCAGCAAAUCAAGGCGACCUACCGUGCAAUGUUCCGCGAAGACCUCGCCGGAGAACUGCACAGAAUCCUAAUGGCCAACGAGGGAGAUGAGCUCUGCAAGCUGCUCUACCUGUGGGUGCUCGACCCGGCGGAGCGCGACGCGAUCAUGGCACGGGACGCCGUCGAGAGCGGCGGCGGCGCCAUGGAUUACCGGGCCCUGGUGGAGAUCUUCACACGCCGGAAGCAGGACCAGCUCUUCUUCACCAAGCAGGCGUACCUGGCCAGGUUCAAGAAGAACCUUGAGCAGGACAUGGUCACAGAGCCGUCUCAUCCUUACCAGAGGCUAUUGGUAGCACUUGCGACCUCCCACAAGUCACACCAUGAUGAACUUAGCCGGCACAUUGCCAAAUGUGAUGCCAGGAGGUUGUAUGAUGCGAAGAACAGCAGCAUGGGAUCGGUCGACGAGGCUGUCAUUCUCGAGAUGUUUAGCAAGAGGAGCAUCCCACAGCUCAGGCUGGCAUUCAGCAGUUACAAGCACAUCUAUGGGUAUGACUACACCAAGGCACUGAAGAAGAAUGGCUUUGGUGAGUUUGAACAAUCUUUGAGGGUUGUUGUGAAGUGCAUCUACAAUCCUUCUAUGUAUUUCUCCAAGCUGCUGCACACAAGUUUGCAAUGCUCAGCUACAAAUAGAAGGUUGGUUACAAGGGCUAUUUUGGGCAGUGACGAUGUCGAUAUGGACAACAUCAAGUCAGUAUUCAAAAGUAGUUACGGAAAGGACCUUGAGGAUUUCAUCCACGAAAGCUUGCUUGAGAGUGAUUACAAAGAAUUUCUUUUAGGUGUGGCCAAGGCCCAAGGGGUCAAUAACCUCAUGAAGUCUGUUUGGAAUGAUCCUUGAAUUAUACAGGGAAAGGAAAGAGUUCAUAUACUGCUUUGCUUAUAAGAGCAAAUUGACCAUCAAAAACAGCAGUUUCAUGUUAGCUGAGUGUAGGAUAUAGAUGAAAUAUUAUGUUCAUGUUGUUGCUUUUGGGUGAAAAAUGUUAUCAGUUAAAC